UAUUGGGGAGGAAGGGAGGGAGGCUUCCGGGCCUCUGCAGGGAGGGGUUGGAAGGACUCGGGAGAGGCUCUGCUCCCUCUCUCCCUCCAUUUAUGGUUAAAUGGACAAACUGCAUAACAAACUGCAACAGGCCUGGUCCAACUUAUUUAUCAUUACAGUAGAGUCUCACUUAUCCAACAUUCUGGAUUAUCCGACGCAGUUUGCCUCCCCCCCCCCCCCCCCCAAUCCAUUGCUGUUUCUCUAGGCAGCAAGGACUGAACUUUUUAUGGAUUUAAUUUCCGACAAUGCUGCUACUGUAUGUGUGAAAAAGACCUUGGAGUCCUCGUGGACAACAAGUUAAACAUGAGCCUACAAUGUGAUGCGGCGGCGAAAAAAGCCAGUGGGAUUCUGGCCUGCAUCAAUAGGGGUAUAGCAUCUAGAUCCAGGGAAGUCCUGCUCCCCCACUAUUCUGCCUUGAUCAGACCACACCUGGAAUCAUACUGCGUCCAAUUCUGGGCACCACAGUUGAAGGGAGAUGUUGACAAGCUGGAAGGUGUCCAGAGGAGGGCAAUUAAAAUGAUCAAGGGUCUGGAGAACAAGCCCUAUGAGGAGCGGCUUAAAGAACUAAGCAUGUUUAGCCUGCAGAAGAGAAGACUGAGAGGAGACAUGAUAGCCAUGUACAAAUACGUGAAGGGAAGUCCUAGAGAGGAGGGAGCAAGCUUGUUUUCUGCUGCCCUGCAGACUAGGACACGGAACAAUGGCUUCAAACUACAGGAAAGGAGAUUCCACCUGAACAUCAGGAAGAACUUCCUCACUGUGAGAGCUGUUCAGCAGUAGAACUCUCUGUGGUGGAGGCUCCUUCUUUGGAGGCUUUUAAGCAGAGGCUGGAUGGCCAUCUGUCAGGGGUGCUUUGAAUGAGAUUUUCCUGCUUCUUGGCAGAAUGGGGUUGGACUGGAUGGCCCGUGAGAUCUCUUCCAACUCUACGAUUCUAUGAUUCUACUGUAAGUUCAUUUUAUGCAAUUCUAUUGUUGGAGACUACCCCGGAGGGGAAGUAAAGGAUAGAAUUCCAGGAGAGCAAUAAAACAAGCCUUCUAUUAUUAUCACAGCUGAUGAUAAGGCAAAACAGCCGUAGGUACCCAUUUUGUGGGUCCAUACUAUGCAAAUGGCCAUCGCAAAGCAUGUCGUAGCAAACAAUAUAUGUAUGUCAGCUUAUCUAGAAUUGACCAAUGGCUGAGGAUCUUCCCCACCUUCCACACCUACUUGGCAUAAGUGAUUCCUGUGACCUCACUUGUUGAUCUCAAGCUAACUUUUGGUCUUGGAACUUUCUGGAGAAAGGCACCACGCCUCCAAGAAGGGAGGGGCACAGGCCCUGUGUUGCACAUACUACUUUGGUUCAUAUAAAGGCUAUAUGAUAUAUGCAGAGGCAAAGCUACAUAGGCAAUAGUUUACUAUUUUUCUGGCUUAUGGUCCCUACAUUGUAAGUUCAUUUUAUGCAAUUCUAUCUUUAUUUGUAGCCAAUUUGUUAGUAGCCAAUUUUUUUAGACAACGUUUUCAAUAUGUUAUGAUUUUUUGGUGCUAAAUUCAUAAAUACAGUAAUUACUACAUAACACUACCGUCCUUUGGACUGCUUUUUCUGUUGAUUUGUUGUAAAGCAUGAUGUUUUUGGUGCUUAAUUUGUAAAGGUAAGGUAAAGGUUUCCCCUGACGUUAAGUCCAGUCAUGACCGACUCUGGGGGUUGGUGCUCAUCUCCAUUUCUAAGCCAAAGAGCCGCCGUUGUCCAUAGACAUCUCCAGGUCAUGUGGCCGGCAUGACUGCAUGGAGCGCCGUUACCUUCCCGCCGGAGUGGUACCUAUUGAUCUACUCACAUUUGCAUGUUUUUGAACUGCUAGGUUGACAGGAGCUGGAGCUAACAGCGGGUGCUCAUUCCGCUCCCGGGAUUUGAACCUGGGACCUUUUGGUCCGCAAGUUCAGCAGCUCAGCGCUUUAACACACUGUGCCACCAGGGGCCCCUAAUUUGUAAAAUCAUAACAUAAUUUCACGUUUAAUAGGCUUUUCCUUAAUCCCUCCUUACUAUCCAACAUUUUUGCUUAUCCAACAUUCUGCCGGCCCAUUUGUGUUGGAUAAGUGAGAUUCUACUGUAUUUAUUUAUGACAAUAUUUCUACCCUACUCUUCUCACCCAACAGUGUACUCAGGGCAGCUUAUAGUAUAAAAUAUGCAUAUAACAAUCAUAGUAACAUUCAAAUUCAGUUCAAAAUUAAAUUACAUUGAAAACAUUCAUAAAACAUAUAUAAUAUACAUUUAGGCGCAUUUCAAGUACAAACCGGGUCUGUCAAUUAUAUCCUGGAGCAUAUGUUACAGAUGGUGCUGCCUUUAUUGUUCAAAAGCCUGGUCCCACUGCCAAGUCUUAACUCUUUUUUGGAAGGAAAGGAGAGAGGGAGCCUGCCUGAUUUCACCCACAAUUCUUAACAGCCAUGUCACUGCUCAUAAAGAGAGAGACAGAGAAAAUGCCAUCUUCCACUGUCACACUUGUCUUAUACUGUAAUAGCUGUGCUCAGCCACACGUUGCUGUGGCUUAUGGGAAAUCCUUUGUUGGCCAGGUGGAAUAGCAGUGAAUAGCCUUGGGGCCUCAAAGCCUGGUUGUUUUCUUCUUAUGGAAUAGGCUUGCUGCUUGGAAGGCUGGGUACUUGCGUUCUAGGGGAAUGGUUUUUUGGGCUGCUAGAAUUGCAAUGAAUAGCCUGUAGCAGACUAUUGGGGUCAGGGUUGUGCUUACCAAAUUGCUGAAGGAAACGCGGAGUCUGUCAUCAGAUACAACAAGGCUUCUUUAUUCUGACUGAUCAGUGAGAAGACGGCCAAUCAAACCACCUGAGGGCUUCAAAAGAUUGCCGUACCCAACGUGGCAAUAGGUGACCUUUUUAAACAUUUUCUUUUCUCACCCCAUACAUUGAUCUCUACAACCAUUGAUUCCAUACAGUGUGCAGGCAUUAUCUGAUUGGUUCCCUAUCUAUGUCCAUGCAUUGUUCACAUGUACCCCUUGACCAGUUCAUCCCUGUUUGUCCACGUAUCCCUAUUUGUCAUAUAUCCCUGUUGUCCACGUCUAGCCUUGUCUGACUAGUUUUCUUCCUUAUUUCCACAUAUUCUUUAUAUAGCUAUUGAGGAAAUGUUGCUAGGCAAGUUUAGUCAGCUAGCUGAGUAUAUGGCGAGCUGGAUAUUAGAGCAAGCAAGCUGAAUAAGCUACGUGGCAGGCCUCUUCUGCUUUCUAGCAGUGCACUUUAAUAUGGCAGGGUAACAUUUCUUUAUUGCUCUCUCUCAAUUCCUUGUCUUUGGAGACUCCUAGGGCAGAGCCUGUUCAGGGAUUUUUAUUUACUGAGAGAAGAGGGAAAGCAUUCUGGAUCCAGUUUGCUUCUUCAUCAAACAGUGAUCUCAACAUGGAGAGACUCUACUCACGUGGACCUGAAGCAGGACCUGGGAGUACUGGGGCAUCCUGGGAAAAAACUACAUGUAAGUACCUAAGUGUUGACCUUUAUAGCUCAGACGUACAGCGCCAGCGGUUCAGGCAGCUCUCCUACCACGAGGACGAGGGACCCAGAGAGGUUUGCAGCCGCCUCCACGAUCUCUGCCGCCAGUGGCUGAAGCCAGAGCAACACACCAAGGCUGAGAUGCUGGACCUGGUGAUCCUGGAGCAGUUCCUGAGCCUCCUGCCCCCAGAGAUGGGGAGCUGGGUCCGAGAGUGUGGGGCAGAGACCUCUUCCCAGGCGGUGGCCCUGGCGGAAGGCUUCCUCCUGAGUCAGGCAGAGGACAAGAGGCAGGAAGAACAGGCCCAAAAUAACUAUAUUGAAAUCCAGCCUGAUGUCCCUGCAUCAGAGAAACCUCCAUCAGAUUCCACCCAGAGCCUCCAGCAGAGAGAGUUUCAGCAAGAAGGAGAUGGGGCUGCAGCCUUGCAGGGGGCUGGAAUGAUGUUAUUAGCGAAUCCACAGCCAUUUCUUCCCCUUUGUGAUGGAGUGAAACUGAAUCAGGGCUCAAUCACCUUUGAGGACUUGGCUGUCAAUUUCUCUCUGGAGGAGUGGAUGCUCCUGAAUCCUGGUCAGAAAGUCUUGCACAUGCAGAUCAUGGAGGAGAUUCGUGGGAUUGUGGACUCUCUUGAUCUGAGCCAUCAAGAAGUCUUUGAAGGAACCAAGGAUUUCAUAAGCAAGGAGUGUGGGAAAUAUUUUCUCCAGAGUUUACACUUGGUGAAACACAAGAGAUUUCCCACAACACAGGAAGUAUACAGAUGCCAGGAGUGUGGGAAAUGUUUUACUGUCAGUUCAGCCUUGGUGAGGCACAAAAGACUCCACACAAGAGAGAAGCCAUACCAAUGCCAGGAGUGUGGGAAAUGUUUUGCUGACAGUUCAGCCUUGGUGAGCCACAAAAGACUUCACACAGGAGAGAAACCAUUCCAAUGCCAGGAGUGUGGGAAAUGCUUUGAUUACAGUUCCCAAUUAGUGAGGCAUAAAAGACUCCACACAGGAGAGAAGCCAUACCAAUGCCAGGAGUGUGGGAAAUAUUUUGCUCGCAGUUGUUCCUUGGUGAGGCACAAAAGACUACAUACAGGAGAGAAGCCAUAUCAAUGCCAGGAGUGUGAGAAAUGUUUUGCUGACAGUUCAAACUUGGUGAAGCACAAAAGACUCCACACAGGAGAGAAGCCACACCAAUGCCAGGAAUGUGGGAAAUGUUUUACUCAAGGAUCAACCUUGGUGAAGCACAAAAGGUGCCACACCGGAGAGAAGCCAUUCAUAUGCCAGGAGUGUGGGAAAUGCUUUGAUUACAGUUCUCAAUUAGUGAGGCAUAAAAGACUCCACACAGGAGAGAACCCAUUCCAAUGCCAGGAGUGUGGGAAAUGCUUUGCUUGCAGUUCAGCCUUGGUGAGCCACAAAAGACUACAUACAGGAGAGAAGCCAUAUCAAUGCCAGGAGUGUGAGAAAUGUUUUGCUGACAGUUCAGCCUUGGUAAGCCACAAAAGACUUCACACAGGAGAGAAACCAUUCCAAUGCCAGGAGUGUGGGAAAUGCUUUGAUUACAGUUCCCAAUUAGUGAGGCAUAAAAGACUUCACACAGGAGAGAAACCAUUCCAAUGCCAGGAGUGUGGGAAAUGCUUUGAUUGCAGCUCCCAAUUAGUGAGGCAUAAAAGACUUCACACAGGAUAAAAGCCAUACCAGUGCCAGGAGUGUGGGAAAUAUUUUGCUCGCAGUUCAUCCUUGGUGAGGCACAAAAGACUACAUACAGGAGAGAAGCCAUAUCAAUGCCAGGAGUGUGAGAAAUGUUUUGCUGACAGUUCACACGUGGUGAGGCACAAAAGACUCCACACAGGAGAGAAGCCAUACCAAUGACAGGAGUGUGAAAAAUGUUUUGCUUCCAGUUCAGAAUUGGUGAGCCACAAAUGACUACACACAGGGCAGAAACCAUACCAAUGCCAGGAGUGUGGGAAAUGUUUUACUAAUAUUUUACCCUUGGUGAACCACAAAAGACUUCACACAGGAGAGCAUUGUUGGGAGUUAAAUCUGUAAAAAGUUCAGUCUUUGCUGCCUAGAGAAACAGCUGUUGGUCCAGGCGGGAAGCAGACUGCGUUGAAUAAUCCAGAACAUUGGAUAAGCGAAGGUUGGAUAAGCGAGACUCUACUGUAUGUGAUUAUGUUUGUUAUGGUGGUCUAGGUUUAUUUUUUUUGAUAAUUGCUAUUUUGUACUACGUUCUAGUAAUGGUUUUUUUAUUUUUUGACUUAUUUUGUUUUAAUAUAAUUUAUUCAUAUGUUUCUUUGUUGGCACUGAAUAUUUACCAUAUGUCUUGGAAACUGCCCUGAAUCCCUCCAGGGAGAUCCAAUGCUAGUAGUGUGGGACAUGUUUUGCUUAUAGUUCACAUUUGAUGAGCCAGAAAAGACUUCACACAGGAGGGAAGCCAUACCAAUUCCAGGAGUGUGGGAAAUGUUUUGUUCGAGGUUUAUACUUUUUGAAGCAUCAGGGACUACAUACAGGAGAGAAAUCAUCCAAAGAGUUGGGACAAAACUAAUACAAUGAAUUAACAGGGAAAAUACAGGUUGUGGACAUUCUGAU